GGGGUUGGAUUGAAAACAGAUCAGCAGCCUGAAGAUCUCAACACCACCGCAUGUCUCUGCUACAACUGCCGAGUGAAGCCAUUAAACCGUUUUUAGUUUACAUUUUUUUUUUUUUAAAUCAAAGCUUUUACGCAUCAUGUUAGUUUGCUGAGAAGCGCGCAAAACACGCAAACGAGAGCGCACGCAAACUCCCGGAGAAGAAGAUGGAUUGUAAGAAAAAGUUCGACUCGACUUCUGCUCCGCACUGAAACACUCUCCGGGACAGCACGGGGAGGUAAUGCCGUGCAAACUUCUCCUAACUUUUUCUCUCACUCGGUUCAUGGAGUUUUCGCGUUUUUUGCGCGUUGUGCGUUUAAUGGUGGUGCCGGCGCUGUGCUAGUUUACGGGAACCAGACUGCAGGCAAAAGUUUUCCUCGGACAAAAAAAAGAACCUCAGUUUAGACGUGAAAAGAGACGGCGGCGAAGGUUGUGACAGACACUGAAGAGCAGCAUGGAGACUUCUGCUCCAACAGCCACUGAGAAGAAGGAGUGUAAGAGUUCAGGUCUGGACGGAAGCAGCUUCUCAGAACUCCCAAAGAAGCCAUCGCCAACCACUCUGACCAGAGGCGGCCACCACCUCUUCCCCACCUUUCACACACCCAUCCCAAUCGACAUGAGGCACCACGAGGGGCGGUACCAUUAUGAGCCACACCCACUCCACACCAUGCAUGGACCUCCAGGACUAACUGGCAGCCCAGUCAUCUCAGAUAUUUCCCUGAUCCGUCUAUCACCCCACGGAGCGCCUGGGUCGGGUGAAUCUCCGUUCAGCCCUCCACAUCCGUACGUCAGCCCCCACAUGGAGCACUACCUCCGCUCGGUCCACAGCAGUCCCACCCUUUCUAUGAUCUCAGCGGCCCGAGGACUGAGCCCUGCUGAAGUGACGCACGAGCACCUGAAGGAGCGUGCCCUGUUCAGCCUUCCCCCUCCACCACCUGGAGCCAACCCCACAGAGUACUACCACCUGAUGGCCAGUGCCAGCCAGAGAAGCCCCUACGGCGACCUGCUGAUGCAGAGCGGAGCGGCGGCGGCAGCGGCAGCAGCGGCGGCGGCGGCGGCUGCUGCAGCUCAUCUACCAGAUUACAUCAGUCCUGUGGACGUAUCACGUUUCUCUAGCCCGCGUCUGACACCCCGUCUGAGCAGGAAGAGGGCGCUGUCGAUCUCCCCGCUGUCAGAUGCCAGCAUCGACCUGCAGACCAUGAUCCGCACCUCGCCCAACUCCCUGGUGGCCUACAUCAACAACUCCCGCUCCAGCUCAGCGGCCAGCAGCUCUUAUGGGCACCUUUCAGUCGGAGGCAUCAGCCCAUCCUUCAGCUUCCCUCAUCCCAUCAACCCUGUCGCCUACCAGCAGCUGUUGUCUCAGCAGAGGGGUCUCAACGCCUUUGGCCACACACCACCUCUCAUUCAGCCAUCACCGUCUUCCUACUCUGCUCGCCAACACCACCUCACGGUCUCGGCGAUGUCCACCUCCCACAACAGCUCCAACUCUGAGGCAAACCAGAAUGCCAGUGGAGACCCAGCAGUCAGCAGCACAGUCAACCCAUUGAUCACCAAGAGGUCAAAGGUUAAAACAGAAGCAGAAGGUCCACUUCCCAUUUCACCGUCGUCUCAGGACCUGGGUGGGGGUAUCUUGGACCUGAGUGAAGAUCUGGAUAAAGACGAGUGUAAACAGGAGCCUGAGGCCAUAUAUGAGACCAACUGCCACUGGGAGGGCUGCUGCAAGGAGUAUGACACCCAGGACCAACUUGUGCAUCACAUCAACAACGACCACAUCCACGGCGAGAAGAAGGAGUUUGUGUGCCGCUGGGACGAGUGUUCCCGGGAGCAGAAGCCCUUCAAGGCUCAGUACAUGCUGGUGGUCCACAUGAGGCGGCACACGGGCGAGAAGCCACACAAAUGCACGUUUGAGGGCUGCGCCAAAGCUUACUCUCGUCUGGAGAACCUUAAGACCCACCUCCGGUCCCACACAGGGGAGAAGCCGUAUGUGUGUGAACACGAAGGCUGCAACAAGGCCUUCUCCAACGCCUCAGAUCGGGCCAAGCACCAGAACCGCACACACUCGAACGAGAAGCCAUAUGUGUGUAAGAUCCCGGGCUGUACCAAGCGCUACACUGACCCCAGCUCUCUAAGGAAGCACGUGAAGACGGUCCACGGACCUGAGGCCCACGUCACCAAGAAACAACGAAACGACGCUCCUCCGAGACAGCAGCCACCCAAAGGCAACGGAGAGAAUGACACAAACUCCAAACUUGGUUCAAGAGGCCUGGACGGCAAGAUAGAGGCCAUCAGCACCUCUAUAGGAGUGGAGGACUGCCUACAAGUGAAAUCUAUCAAAACUGAGAACUCAAUGACAUAUCAGUCGAGUCCUGGCGGUCACUCUUCCUGUAGCAGUGAACCGUCACCUCUCAGCAGUGCCAACAACAACGACAGCGGGGUAGAGAUGGCGAUGCACAGCGGGGGCAGCUUCGGGGACCUCAGUGCACAGGAUGAGUGCCCCAUGGUUGACUCCACUGUUCCUGUUGGGGGACAGCACACUGGCGUGGGGCUACAGAUGAGGAAAGCCAUGGGUCAUGGUGGCGCUGUCACCAUCAAGCUGGAGAACAUCAAGAAGGAAAGGCUGAAGACAGUCAGGGAGUCCUGUCCGUGGGUCAACUCUGCACCACAGCCACCACAGGGCCAACGCAACAGUAUGAAGCUGCCUCCCAUACCUGCAGUCGGUUCCCUGCUGGAAAGCUCCAAUGUGAUGAGUAAUUCAAGCAAUUUGUACCCUGGCCAGCGCAUUGGCGACCUGUCUUCAUGUGAAGUUACACUUCUGAACCAGCUAAAUGAGCGCCGGGACAGCACCACCAGCACCAUUAGCUCAGCCUACAACUUGAGUCGGCGCUCAUCCGGUAUUUCACCGUGCUACUCCAGCCGUCGUUCCAGUGAGGCAUCCCAGUUUGGUGGCAACCGCCACAACAAUAUCAGUUCAGCUGACUCCUAUGACCCAAUCUCCACAGAUCUGUCUCGCCGCUCCAGUGAGGCCAGUCAUUGUGGAGGUGGUGGUGUCAGUGGUGGAGGUCUCCCAAGUAUCCUUAGUUUGACACCAGCUCAGCAUUAUCGGCUCAAGGCUAAGUAUGCUGCUGCCACUGGUGGAGCUCCGCCUACCCCUCUCCCCAAUAUGGAUCGAAUGAGUCUGAAAACCCGUAUGGCACUCUACAGUGACUCCCAGGAAGGCUUGUCACACUCGUUUCAUCAGCCUUUUUCUGGAACUGUGCCUCGGCGGUCUAGUGAUAUUGGGUAUGGCAUGCAGAGCAUGAUGCCCCAUGAAGUACCAACCAACCUUCCACGUCGUGCCAGUGACCCGGUGCGUCGUCCCACACUGGACCCUCUCUCCCUUCCAAGGGUUCAGCGUUUUAACAGUAUGAACAACAUGAACCCCUUGAUUGGUCCAUCAGCUGAACGCCACCUGUCUCUGGCUAUGCAGGGAUACACUCGCUCGGAUGGCAGCCUGCAACGCUAUCCAUUUGCUCCCAGACCACCAAGCAUUUCUGAGAAUGUAGCCAUGGAAAACAUGGCAGUAGAUGGGAUGAUGACUGGAGGGGAGCACAAUGGAGAGGAUGACAUGGUGCUGCCAGAUGAUGUGAUGCAGUACCUCAGGUCUCAGAAUUCUGGGCCCUCUGGGAACAGCUCGGGGCAAAUGGACUACCGUGCCAGCAAUCAGGCUCAGGGCUACCAGACAGGCAUGCCCCCACCAGCAUCAUUUUAUGGCCAGAGGAGGAUGGCCAUGGUGGACGCCACCAUGACUCAGUCUGGUCAGGACAUGCAAUCAUGCCAGAUGGGCCCAGCUGGCUCUCAGCAGCCUUUCCCGGCACCGUCGAACAACAUUAACAAGAAUAAUAUGCCAGUGCAGUGGAAUGAGGUGAGCUCAGGGACUGUGGACAAAACAACUAAGCUCUCCAAACAACAGCAGCAUCCUGUCAGGGGGAACCUAGCUGUUGUUCAGCAAAGGCACAACUUUGGUUCCUUUCAGGGACAAGGUCAGAGUCUGGGCAGCAACCAGCAGGUAGUGCCUAUGAGUCAGAAUAUGUCUAUGCAGGGGUAUGGAAACCACAGCAGCCAGAGGCUGAUGAACAUCUCCCACCAGCAGCACCAGCAACAGAGGCAAUGCAAUAAUGUGAACUUUAAUGAACAAAUGAGUCCUCAGCAAGGGUUUGGCCAAGAGGCAAUCCCAAAUUCUUUGUCUGGGAGCACUAGUGUGCGACCUAAUCGGAACGGUAUGGUAGAUCCGGAACUGCAAAGUUUCAAAUCAAGGACACAGUCAGAUGGGUAUACUCAUGUGAACCAUGUGGACCAGCAGCAAAAUUACAGUGUUCUCUCCCAGCAACAGCAGCAUAAUGCCCAUAAUGUAGGCAGAGGAAUGUUACAACCCAGGCCUCCCAUCGAGCCAAAGUCUACUGGAAGACAACACACAGGUACUAGCAUGAUGCAACUGAGCCAGAUACCUAAGUCAUCUGCUUUGAGCCCAACUCUUGGUACUGACACCUCAGAGGCAAGCCCAAAAAGGCCGAGUGGUUCAGUAACCCACACCAGCAACUCUGAAAACCUGAAUCCUGCUGUUUUCUACACAGGUCAGAUUCAUAUGUUUGAGCCACCUUCUGUCACGUUUAAUGCCCCCAUGUCUCACUGUUCCAACCAGGCCGCUGUCGGUAACACCACUACUGCAGCCAACAUGGCCUCACCAGGAGUCAACCAAGUCUCUAGCAGUACAGUGGAUUCUUCCACUGGUGGCACAGAUAAUGCCCAGAUUGACUUUGACACCAUGCUAGACGAUGGGGACCACUCCAGCCUUAUGUCAGGUACCCUGAGUCCUGGCCUUCUGCAGAGCCUCUCCCAGAAUUCCUCACGUCUCACCACCCCUCGCAACUCUGUCACUCUCGCUUCUGUACCUGCAGGGAUUGGCAACAUGGCAAUUGGGGACAUGAACUCUAUGCUCACAGCCUUGGCCGAAGAAAGCAAGUUCCUCAACAUGAUUAGCUGAGAGCAAUCAAACACCUCAUCAUCCAUCCAGUUGUAAACCAUUUCUGCAUCAGGAAUAUAUGGGCUACAUAAGAAAGCACUGAUUGAAUAAUGCAAAACUGGCUAUUUCAAGAAAAUGUUCUUAUUUGUCUGUACAAAAAUGCCUCUCUUGUUAUAUGAGCUUAAGAUUUGUAUAUGUUUCAUUAAAAAGUGUAAUUCUCAGUAUAGCUACAGUUAAGGACAAUUUUAUGUCUUUUUUGUUUUUGUUGUUAAAAAGCCAUACAUUUUAACUACAAAUACAUAUCCCAGGGGAUAAACAUGUAUCUACAAACAAUUGCCAUUCAGUAUUUUCUGGUGAAUUCGCCCUUUACAAAAACUGUGCACUGAAAGCAGUCUUCAAGGUACCUUGCUGAAGAUAUCAGAUUUUGGCAUCUGAAUACAACAUGAAAAGAGAGCUACCAGGGAAUGGACAUGAUAUGUAAAUAAAAAAUAAUAUUUUUCUCAUGAAGACAUUUUGUGUGUAAAGGUGACACUGUAUGGUACUUGCUUUAAUUUAAGCUGUAGACUUUUGAUGUUUCAACUUGGGCUGUCAAAUGUGAGAUCUACCAAAAUUGAAAACAUUUUUAGGUUUUUAAAUACAUUUGCUUUUCUCUUUUUUAAGUGUGCAAAACAACAGGCUAAAGAAGUGCAUAGACUUUUCAGUAAAUGCUCCCUUGACACACAAAGUGUUAUAUUAUUAAAAAAGAUAAGAAUAUUCCAGUUAUGAUCAAGUUUAAAACUCGCACAGUGGGACCAACAUAGUGAUGUACUGUAUGGUAUGUCUUUGCAGACAAAAUAUCCUACAAUUCAUUUAUCAGACCCUUUUAUCCAAAGUAACGUACAUCAGAGAGUAAGAACAACACAAGAAAGGAUUUAGAGAGGAGGAGACAACGUCAGGAAGUUCAAACGAUUGGCUUUAAGUCCGAUCAGACACACAGGUGUUGACAGGAAGUGACCAGAGGUGCUUACAGGAAGUGACCAGAGGCAAAGCACAUCGAAAGCUGUUCUUGAGAGUUCUAAUCAGCAUAGAAACUAUCUUAAAAUAUUACAAUCAAACAAAACCAUCGUCAUUACCAUCAUCAUCAUCAUCAUCAAUAAUAUCAAAACCACCGUUGUCAUCAUCAUUAAGGUCGUAGGUGUUCAUGAAAGAGCUUGGGCUUUAGCUUUUUCUUAGGACAUCACAGAGAGAGGAAUGAGGAGUCAAAGCAGGAAACACAAACCAUGUAUGUAAAAAGCCAUACAUGCCUUUAAUGAUUAAAAAAAAAACACAAAAAGUUUAUAUUUACAGCUCCUGUAAGGAACUUCCAGUUAGUGUCAAUGUUGGCGCCCCCUGUGGACAAAGCAGUACUUCAUCUGUUUUCAACUCUUUAGUUGCAGUGUGCAUGUGCAAGUAUUGUUUUGUUUAACAGUCCGAUGUAUAACUUGUCAUUAAACAAAAAGACUGCUUCAUUCAGUAACUUAGUCUUG